UUCCGCUUCCUGUAUCGCUCAGUUCCGUUUCCGGUCCCUUUCAUUUCCGGUUCCGGCGCUGUGUCCCGGUGACCGGGUCGCUAUGGGCGCUCACUUGGCCCGUCGUUACGCGGGGGGGGCGGACACGGAACCGGAUCCUUUAACGAUGCCAACGUUCCCCCCCGACCUGGGGCUGCCCGGGCGGGAGCCGAGGACCAUGGUGGCCACCCCGCAGCAAUUAUCGUCCGGCCGCGUCCCGUUGGCGCAGCGCGAUUAUUGCGCCCACCACCUGCUGCGCCUGAUGCGCUGCCGCCGCGACGCGUUCCCUGCUCUAUGGCAAUGCCAGGAGCUGCGGCACCACUGGGAUGAGUGUCAAGCACAGGAUUACGUGAUGCGCAUGAAGGAGUUUGAGCGCGAGCGGCGGCUGCUGCAGCGGCAGAAACGGAUCCAGGAGCGGGAGGCGGCCAUGGCUGCUCUGUGACACCACGGGACCCCCCCCAUGGGGACCCCCCCAUCGGACCCCCACCCACAGGGACCCCCCCAUCGGACCCCCACCCAUGGGGACCCCACCCUUUGGACCCCCACACAUCGCCCCCCCCCAUGGGACCCCCACCCUGUGGUUGACGCUGGGUAUGGAAUAAAGCUCCAAACGUGG